CGCCAAGCCCAAGCGAGGGAGGGGUCACUCCUGUUCGCUACGACCGCCGCCACGGACGGUCACGGUUUUUGGCGCGUGCCACUAUGUUUUCUAAUAAAUAAGUGUUACCCUGUUAUUCUCGCCUCAGCCUUCACGCCUCAGCCUUCACGCCUCAGCCAUCACGCCCAGCCCUCACAUCUGGCGCAGUCGACCCCUAACCUCAGCCAAGCCAUUCAGCCACGGCAGCGCAAGAACGCCUUUCGAACGCCAGCAUCGAACGCCAGCAACAACGCCAGCGUCGAACGCCGGUCAGUACGCCUUCUCAACUGCAUCCGUCAUUGUACUUACGCACUCACGCCGCCGAAGACUCACGCCUGAAGAUACUCCUGCCAUUUUACCGCUCGUCUGUGUAAAGCACGGCCGUCAUAGGAAGAGUGCCGUGAAUGUUGACUAGCCCUAGUCGACAACUAGGCUUAGCGAUCACUCGCCUAGUCUCCCGUGCGCCCAGCCUCGUUUCGCAACGCCAUGCCGGGAAUUGUGUGGCAGAAUCUCGACGCGGUGACCAUGUCGCGCCUCGGCGUCGACCUUAUACGCGAAGAAUUGGCCCGUCGACAGCUGGACCUCACAGGUUCGAAAGAGGAGCUCGUUCAGCGUUUGCAAGCCGACAUUCUGCAGCAGCGUGAAGCUACCCCCCCGGUUGAAACGAAUGAAUCCGCCUCGAACGCUGCGGCGUCUUUGACGCUGGACCCAGCCACUCUACAGAGCCUCGCCAUGCUGUUCCAGCAGCUACCUCGCCCUGCAACAACGGUGACGACACUGCCAGACCUGUCAUCGUCCAUCCCGCAAUUCGCUGGUUUGCACAGUCACAGUGUCAAUACAUGGCUUGACGACGUACGACGAGUACAGCAGCUCGCCUCGUGGGACGACGCCACCACACGCCUGAUCGCAGCUAGCAAGCUGAAAGGCACGGCGCGAGACUGGCAUCUCGCGUUCGGCAACCAGUACAGCACCUGGGCCACGUGGAGUGCCGCCCUGAAGGACACAUUUUGUACAGAAUUGUCCCUCAUUGAGUGGCAAGAGCAGGUCAUGAGGGUAACCCAGGCCCCAUCCGAAAGCUUGCACCAAUAUGCCUUUGCCAAGUUGAAGAUCAUUGAGCGUUGCCCCGUUAACCUCUCUGAGGCCCAAAAGAUUGACUACCUGCUGCAUGGUUUACGGGAACAACACAUCCUCGCCGCCAUAGCAGCCAACCGGCCGCCCACGGUAGCUGAGUUUAUUUCUACUUGCACCAGCCUCGACAAGAGUGCGCAACAUCUGCACGCCAAAGCAAGCCCGUCACCAUUUGCCGGUUCUGUUUUACCGCCGUCGCAACCCUUUCGUGCCGCUAAGCCCGCAGAGCGCCAGCAGCCUCGCUCAGAACAAUCGACACCACAGUCCUCCCGAGGGGCCACACCAAAAACGCGCAUUUCAGAGCUGCCCGCCGAGCAACAAGAAGCUACUUAUGCAGCUAUUUCGGCACAGUAUGGCGCUCCAGCUUUUCGUAGCGGUCAAGACCUGUCUCAAGCUGUCUGCUACCAAUGUCAUGCCUUGGGUCAUCUGGCAUCCAAGUGCCCUACACGCACCAGCCGCUUAUCAUCACCAGCGCCUCCAACCAUG